AGUCAGUGUUACGUUGGCGUUAGCAGAAUGAAGUUCACGUAUUUCUGGCUUCUCGCUAUCAGCGGGGCAAAUUUAUUUGUCGAUGCGAUGCACGGCGGUGAUUACUUCCCAAUAAAGGACGUGCCAUACAUGGCUCAGCUUUAUUUUGAAGCAGAAAACGGAAUGAUAUCCUACUGUGGCGCAACUAUCCUUUCCGAAUAUUGGUUAGUAUCGGCCGCUCAUUGCGUAGGAUUAAAAGGCAUGAUUAUCAAUCAAGUUCGCGUUGGAAGUACUUUCACAGCGGAAGCGGGUAAUGUAAUAAACAUUACGCGGAUUAUCGUUCACGGUAACUACGAAACCAACAACAUCUGGGAUAGCGACAUCUCUUUAAUCAAGCUACAAAGUCCGAUAGAAUUCGAUGAAAAACAGCAGCCGAUUCACGUAGCACGUGAACCGCCAAAGGUCGGAGACUCAAUAACCAUAUCUGGAUUUGGAUACUCUUACAGAGAACUAAUGGGGGAAUCACUGCAAGUGGGUCACGUGCCGGUUAUCGACGACGAGACGUGCCGCGUGAAUUACACGAUUACCAAGAAUAUGUUUUGCACGAGCACGAGCAAGAUCGAUUUAUGCUUCGGCGACUCGGGCGGACCAGCUGUUCUCGACGGCAAACUUGUCGGUAUCGUGUCACAGGGCUGCGAGAUCACGGCGCCCAACGUGUUUACCAAAGUGGCUAAUUUUUACGACUGGAUAAUCAAGCACACCGGCAUCAAGUACGACGACUAAUUUUUGUUUUUGCUCAAAACACAAAUUUGUGCGGUAUUAGUAUAACGAAAUGACGAACGAGGAAACGGAAGAGCUUACCGUGAGUGGUAUAACCAGCUAAAUGUUGGAUAACGCAAAGUGCGCAAAUGGCGGAUGAAAAUAGUUCUUAUGCUCCGAGUGUAUUCGAUGUGUUAGGAAAUUCCACGUGUAGUAUUAUAUGUGUACGUAACGUCGUUUUUGCUAGACGAUUGUGCGAGAUAAGUUUCAUAGCAUAAACACUUCCCUAUAUUUUGAGGCUGAAUAAAGUCGAUUAAAAUCAUCGAG